UUAACAGUCUUGUGUGAAACACCGUCGAUGUAGUUGACAAUGAAGUUUAAAGUGAUAUUAUUUUGUGUAUUGCUUUUCUGCUCCAAAUUUGUCGAUUCGGUUCCCCAUUCCGAGGAACUAGUCAGGCAAAGAGCAUUCCAGCCAACUAACUGGCCGGCUAACAAAUAUGCAGCCGGACAGUAUGUCGAUGCAAAUUUUGCACAAACUCAAAACGAAAAUGUAUUAAAAAAUUCUGGGCUUCAACUUGAAAAUAACCAGGAAUAUUUUGCAAAUCAAGGAACACGUGGUUUUGGAAACCAGGGAUUUAACAAAGGUCUUAGUUCAUCCCUGAUUGGAAAAGAGAGGUUACUGAAUUAUGCCCCCUCUGUAGAGGAGGAAAGAGUUAACUCCUAUCCAAUAAGAUCACAUUCUUACCAAUCGAACGCACCUCAAAUCGGAUUAGACAACCAACAAUUUGGAUAUCAAAACUGGCGAGCUCAAAAUCAAUAUAAUGCCGCAAAUGUCCAAGAAGUUAUCCCUAACAAUGACAGGCCUCUAGUAACAACAGUUCAAGAACCAUACAGAGGCCCAGUUCAGUAUGUAAAGCCUCAAUUUAUUGCACCUGUGAACCGAAGACAUUAUUCAGUAAAUAGGUAUUAUCCAGCAAGGGAACAGUUGCAAUAUCCUAUCGACAAUAUUGGAUUACCGAGUUCAGUAUCUACAAAAUACGUACAAAAUUCUGCACCUAUCUCUGUGGUUCGUGAAUCUGUUCCUUACGAUAAUUAUGGAAAUGGUCAAGGUACAGCAUCUAACAAUAAUGCAGGGGUAAUAGCCAGUAAGCAAUUUUAUGAUUCUGAAUCUGCUUCUCCUUAUAAUGGAGCCCCUGAUGUUAUUUCUUCAGAAGUUUUACCAGAAGAAUCAGGAAACAGUAGCUACGAAGUUAUUCAAAACCCUCAAGCUGAUUCAGGAAAUGCUGCAGAUGUAACAACGAUCAACAACAAUUUCCAAGAUGUACCUGUAGCUGAUAGCUAUAACACUGAUAACAGACCAAGUACUCUUGUGCCCGUAGAUAAUAAAGCUGAAGCUGCUUCCAUCAUACAAAAGGUUUUAGCAGAUAAACCUCUGGUUCGCAGAUAUUCACAUAAUUAUAGGCCAGGUACUAAUUAUAAUAACUAUGCACGUGAAGGUACUUACAAUGGUGCAUCUGUAGGCCAAACGAAUACAUAUGGGAUUAACUCUGGAAAUGUAAAUAAUAAUUAUGGGUCCGGAUUGGUUCCUAACAAACAAUCACCAGUUAAUACAUAUUCUAAGGCUGCUCAAAGUGCUUCCUCACAUGUUGACGCAGCAUUGAAUCUUGGACAUAAAAAUACUGAAGCUGUGCCACAGUAUACUUCUACUACAACCGCUCCUGUAGCAACUACGAAUUCAGAAAACGAUUUUUACCGUCAGUUAACUUCAGGAAUACACCAAUAUGACUUGAAGAACAUUGCAUCGCACCCAAAAAUAAAAGAUCUUCUAGCAGUCAAUAACAAGCCUUAUGUGUUGAUACAUGCAAAUGGAAGCGUCGAGUAUUUUGAUAAAUUCGAUCUUGAUGCUAAAGAGAAUUCAAAAUACCGCCUAAUACACACUAAGCAUACUCCCUUAGGUAAACCACAAAACGUUCAAAGCGAUAAGGUGCUUAAACCGCAACCACCUGCAUUGGUACCAACAAGUACCACUACACCUGCAUUGGUACCAAUAACUAGUGCUACACCUGCAUUGUUACCAACAAGUACCACCACACCUGCACCAAGUCAACUAGUAAACGGUGGAGUUUCUAAACCACUACCUUCUUCAAACGAAUGGGCAGAUGAUGAUAGUUCAUAUGUCAACCAACCAGCGGAUGAUAAAACAUCGCAGCUAUCACCUCUGUAUCGAAAACACCACGGUAUUGAUAACUAUUCAACAUCUCCACAUCCACAUGUGAAACUACCUGCGGAUGAUGAUGAUUCUAAACCAACCAUUUCGAGCGUAAACAAACCGCAGGAUGAUACCACUAAGCCACUGGUUUCGACAGAAAGUCAAUCAAGUGUAUCAGAAAGUAAAUCAGUAAGUGGGGAUCACCCAGAUAAAAAUGUGAAUAACAAAUCAACAACUUCUGAUGAUGGUUUGAUUUCUGAUGAUGUUAAACAACCUGACGAUGACAGUACUCCUAAACCACUGGUUUCUAAGGACGGUCAAUCAUCAAUCACUGAUGACUCAAAAUCAGUGGUCACCGGCGCAAAUCAAUCAGAUAAAAGCAAUAAUGACAAUAAUGACACAAAACCUUUACCUGAUAACGUGAAUCAACCAGAUGACGUUAGUACUCCUAAACCACUGCCUUCUCAUAACGAUAAACCGUCUUCAGGUGACAAUGAUGAUGAUUCAUCUUUGGCUCCAAAUGUACAGCAGCCUGAUGAUAAUAGCACUCCGAAACCAGGGGCUCCGAAGAAAACUUCAGUAGCAACUGUUGAUAAUUCGGAACAAGUUUCUUCAAAGGUCAACAAAUCAGACAAUAAUGAUAGUAACAAUUCACAGCCUCUGAAAGAAAAUCAACCAGUUAAUGAUGACUCAUCUUCAACUCCAAGUGUUGACCUACCUAAUGAUAGCACUCCCAAACCUCUAUCUCCAAAAGACAACCAAUCACCAAAUCAUGAUGAUUCAAAAUCAUUGUCGUCUGAUGACAAUAAAUCAGGUAACGGUGAUGACAAUAAGCCACAAAAACCUUCUGCAAAAGACAAUCAGCCAUCAGAUUCAUCUUCAACCUCAGAUAAGAAGGAUAAUCCAUCACCCAUUAUUCGUGAUGAUUUUAACUCAUCACCCUCAGAAGUGAUUCAACCACAUGAUGGUAGUGAUUCGAGUGCGAAUGAUAAAAAUCAAUCUUCACCAAAGAAUGACAGUCAAUCACCAAAUCUUGAUGAUUCCAACUCAUCGCUUUCAAACUUGGAUCAAUCAGAUGAUGAUAGCAAUUCUAAUGCGAAUGAAAAUUCAUCCAUAACUGACAACAGCCCAACUUCAACAACACCGUCUUCUGUUGUCUCUGAUCAAAAUACUUCACCAGCACCAGUGGUCCAAAGUACACCAAGUAACAAGGACGAUUCUGUAAGCUCUACAACUGCUUCAUCUGAUGUUACUACGCCAUCAGCAGACACUACUACAGAAGACGAAAUAAUUACAAUAUCACCAAUAGAACAAGCUACAGAUAAUGUGAGCGAUGCUCCAGCAACUACAACGACAAAGCCUACAUACACUCACCCUAGAUUUCAUAUUGGUACACCUAAAUCCGAUAAAAAGGAUAUUGCGCAAGAUGAUAAAACAGUAUCAUCGUCUGUUACGGACAAAAAGCAAAUUUCAACUCAAGAGUCUCAAAGCAGCACAGUUUCUCAGAGCGAUAGUACUAGUGACUCCAAUCAAAAUGUCAUCCAGAAGAACACUGAACAAGAACACAGCGAAAGUACCGUCAGUCAAACUCGGACCACGAAAAAUAACAGCAACACAGCUGUAGACAAUUCACUUACAAAUACUGAUGUUCCGGCCGAAAGUGAUGAUAAUUCGCCUGUCUCACCAUCGAUAAGAAUCGAUGUAAACACAGGUGACGAUGUAAACACUCCUCCUGGUGAUAAUUCAUUAGAAUCAGAACAGUCCGAGACUGAUGUUAAAAUAACUGUUAGCGCGGUCGAUGAUUCUGAAGACGAUAUCAUCGCCAUUACUAUCGAGGUCUCGGAAAGUGCAGGUGAUGCAGACAGAGAUGAUAAAUCGGUAGUGAUCAAGGUCAAAACAGACGAUAACGACAGUGCUGACUCUAAGACAUCGAACGCAAGUGAUUGUGAAAAGAACAAAACUAGCAAAGAUGAAAACACAAAUCAGAAUCUUGAAAUUGAUAUGGCAACUAUCGAAGGGGAACCAACAAUGUGGAUUAGAACAACCAACCAAGAUUUCGUUGAAAAGUUGGCGUCGAAGAAUGACACGCAAUUCGAUGUGAUAUACUUCUUCAACAUGAACCCUCAACCGACUAUCGAGAGAGAAAAGGUUACGACAAUACAUUGCAACGGCACCGUUGUCAUAGAAAAGACGGAGACUUCGUAUGCAAGUCAAGAUGAUAAAACACCAAAAAUCGUGAAGACGACGACGGUUUUGCAAAUCGAAGAUUAUAAACCAUGAGUGCUUUUAUUCACCUUUAUUAGAAAAUAAGUAUAUUUUUAUUUACUGUGUUUCUAUAUAUUAAGGGCUUUUUCAUAAUUUGUAUACAGAUGUGAUGAAAUUGCCAAUUACCUAUUAAACAAUGUCUAGCAAA